UGUCAAUAUUUGCAGACGCUACGCGAAUUUCCCGAGGAGCUGCGCGGCGACGUCUCCAUGCAUUUACACCGUGAGAUCCUGCAAUUGCCGAUAUUCGAAGCCGCCUCACAGGGUUGCCGGAAACUGCUUUCACUACACAUUAAGACCAACUUUUGCGCCCCUGGUGAAUUUUUGAUACACAAGGGGGAUGCGCUGAACUACAUCUACUAUCUUUGUAAUGGUUCCAUGGAGGUCAUCAAGGACGAUAUGGUGGUGGCCAUUUUGGGCAAAGGCGAUUUGGUUGGUUCUGACAUUAACGUCCAUUUGGUGGCCACUUCCAAUGGCCAGAUGACAGCGACCACCAACAGUGCGGGGCAGGAUGUGGUGGUGCGAAGUAGCAGUGAUGUGAAGGCGCUGACUUAUUGUGAUCUGAAGUGCGUGCAUAUGGGCGGCUUGGUUGAGGUGUUGCGUCUCUAUCCGGAAUACCAACAACAGUUCGCCAAUGAUAUACAACACGAUCUCACAUUUAACUUGCGUGAAGGUUAUGAAUGUCAAGACUCAGAAAUCGGACCAUCAUUUCCGUUGCCGAGCAUAAGCGAAGACGAUGAGAACCAGCAGGACGGCGACGGUGGCGAUGAAGAUAAUGAAAAUGGUGCGAAUGCUUCACCACAUCACAGCAUUACCACACCAUCACCGCUGCAUGGCCGCUCACCAUUGCUGGGUUUGAAUAGUCCACGUUUAAUGAAAUUACAUCCGCGUGGACGUUCGCUGAUAACCUUGCGUGAGCGUGUGGAGCGACAACGUUCACUAAAUAUAACUUCAAGUUUGGAUACUGGCUCUAUGGAAGAGGAUAUGAACGGCGAGGAUGGGGAUGAUGAUGUGCACAGUAUAAAGAAGAAACCUUCAAUGGAACGCUUGGACUCGCAAGUGUCGACGCUGCAUAAUGAUGUGGCGCAACUGAGUUUGGAGGUGCGCAAUGCCAUACAGGCGCUACAGGAGAUGACAUUCUCGACUAUGGCCUCACAGGCUAGUCUGAAGUUCCCACCUGCCCGCUCUAUACCCAAUAUAUGUGGUACCGUUGGUGGCGUAGUGGGUAUUGGCAGCACCAUGCACUUCGUGGCGAGUAGCACAGAUGAUAUGUCACUACAGCGUUCAUCCUCUCAUCCGCCCGAAAUCUGGGGCCGUGAGAUGCAGCUGUCGUUUGCAGGCGGUGCGGCAGUGCAAGGAAGUAAGGCUGCAGUUGAUGCUGGUGGCAGUAUCAGUGCUACUGGUAGCGCCAAGACAAACUCACCAGCUGCGCCCGAAGUGCCGAAAAUAUCGCGCGCUACACAAACAGAUUUCUAUAAAAUAGACUUUCCCGUUUUCGAACGUUUUGUAUUGGCCAAUCCACGUUUGGUGCUCGGCCUGCUGGGUAUUGAUCCGGCGAUAAAGACUGAAAUUGAAUUGCUACAACAACAGCAGACUCUACAAGUAUCGCCAUUGAAUACAAUUGAGGAAGUUAUAUCGCCUGCUGAAGGCCCGGGCUCGGUUACUGGUUCCAAUGAACGCUUACUGGGCGACAGUUUCUGCGGUAACGGUAAGUCAUAUGCCGUGAUGGACGAUGAGAACUCCAAUGAUUAUCGUUGGAUAAUGAAACAUUCCGUGAGUAAAAGUAGUAAUUGUUGUCGCUCRACGGAAGCUUUACUGCAACCCAUCGAAGAGCAACAGGAGUUGCCCAAGUACUCCAUUACAUCAGAGCAACGUAUGCCACAGUCACCACCCUCACGAUACGAGCACCACUACACGUCCGCUACGACAACCGCAACGACAAUCAUUGCCGCGACGCCGGCAUCUGCUGACCAGGCAGCCACUUUCCAGUCAGUUAGCGAAGCAGAACGAAUGGGCGGUCCUGCGAAAACUCAACAACAACCAGCACAACGCACAACGCGGCGGAACUCCAACACCAACUACAGCCAGCACCACAGCAACAGCAAUAGCAGUCUCUCGAGCAAUGCGUCCACACAUUCGAAUAGUAGCAACAGUCCGCCUGCGACAACAACUGCCGGCACGACCGGACACAAUGGACCGGUUAGUGGUGGCACAGGUGGCAGCACGACCAGUGGUGGCGGCGGUGGUAACAGUGCGCCCAGUAACAACAGCAGUCGACGCUCUUCUUGGAAGCUGCAUCGUUCGCAAAGUGGUGACUAUAAACGUUUACCCGAGGCGCUAGAAGACUCACCGCCGGGAAAGAUCAUUACCGCCGCUAGCGCAACAACAACCACGUCUGUCACACAUUACGCAUACAGUGGUAGUGGCGCCGCCGACGAACAUCUCGAACUUCUCGCCAGCAGACGYUCAUCGCGUGCCAGUUGCGCAUCGRUGGUCAGCGCGGCCRCAGAGGCGGCAGUGGUGAGUAAGCGCAACAGUCUCAAUGCGAAUCGUUCGCUGUUAAGUGUUAGCAGUGCUGGCGCUGGUACAAAUGGUGGACAUGGUCAUACGAGUUAUCGUUUCUCCGCCGGUGAUGCUGAUAAACUUGAGAAGGGACUGAAGGGUUUGCCAUCGACGAGAUCGCUGCGUGACGCCAGCGUCAAUUAGUUGAACGCCAGCGGCUGGAAAGCGAUGAAUUCGCUGAAGCAUAGAAGUAGUAACGGCUGCAUAUCUAGCUAGUUUUUUUAAGAUAUCAUGAACCGAGUGCUGUGUGAAAGUUGACAAAAAGACAGACUUGUAGUUAGGUACAAAUGAGAUGAGUGAUAAAAGAGAAGAAGAAAGCAUAGGUUGUGUUUUAGCUGGAGCAUAUAAAUAUAUAGGUUAAGGAGGAUUAAGGAGACAGCUAUUAUGUGUGAACAUAAUGGGUAGGAGAUUAGUACUCCUGUGAGAGAUUAGGUCUAUAGACCAGUUAUGGUGCUUACAGAUCUCAGUUGGAUACCGUUACGUAGUCCAUGAAAAGUAGUCAUCCUUAAGGAUGUCAGCUGCUGAUGUGAAUUUCAAUAUGUUCUGCAGUCUCACUCGCAAUAUUUGUUCUAGUAUCUUCAAAUAAUUAUGGCGUUACUAUGCCAAAGCAGGACAAGGGCAUAAUAGAUAAACCAUUAUUUUCCUGGUGUCUUAUUCUUGAUAUUUUGCGCAGCUAUCUYGAUUUGUCAGCUCCAUUCUGUAGCAUGUSCUGAGACCAAACUKAACCAGUGAGUAUUCCAMUCAURUUUCUGAGAUCUCUUCUAUCAACUUUUGCAGUAUAGUAUCCCGCUAUGUCAUUAUAUCGCUUAUUGACCUUCCUUGCGAUGCUCCUGUCMCGAUUGUCGUAAAGCAAAUGGAAUGGCUUACCAAUGGCAGUCAUGAUUUCGGCUGAUGGCCGUACACAACUCUUAGCAAUAUCUUCUAUCAUCUCAWAGCCGUUAAUGUCUUUAUGUCCUGRCAACCAGCGAAACCUUUCUAGCAAUCCUCUGUGAAACUUAUUCGAAAAAUUGUAUUUCCCCUAAUAAGUUUAAAAAGGGUCGGUUUUGAUGCUUUCUUCCAAAACCGUGUAUUCAAAAUACUGGAGAACACCAUUCUAGUUCUUCUUGGAAAYUUGCAAUCAGACUCUUUCAACAACAGCUUUGAUGUUAUGUCGUUCUCUUGCAGAGGUUCGUGUUGUUUUUAUUCGCUAGACCUUUCGCAAAGUUCCAUUUGAAAGACAUCGCUCAUGAAGUACAAUAAUGCUUAAAGUUUUGUUUUUUUGGUUGAGUAGGAUGUACAAAAGUAUUGAGUUAUUUUAGUCUAUUCCACUCAAUAAUCCAGCAAUAACAAAACUUGACAGCUCCAAUUUGUCAUAAUCGAAUAUGUAUUGCAAUCUUCGGUGAUAUACGCAUGAGAGCGUUAGAGAGUACCUUGCUUGGAGGUUGCACGAGGCUUAUCUCAUAUUAGUUUAGUUUAGAAGUGAGCUAACGGGAGUAUGAAAAUGAGUAGGAUUUAUAAAUUGAGUGAGUUUUUAGUAAGUAACAGUGAGUGAUUAUAUUAUAUACAAGAGAAGGAAAACUAUUUUUAAGAAAAAAAUAAUAAUAAUAAUAAAAACUCACA